AUGGGCAUAGCUGCCAUUUUUGCUGUACAGCAAGCUAUUUGUAGCGCGUGUAGCCUCUUCCGACUUGCCAAUCUGAUACCCGUCCUCAGCGAUCUUCGCAGACGCCCAACCUUUAUCUUGACGAUAGACCCUGAGAUUGAGGACCUGGACUUUGGAGUACUCCGAUCUCAGAACGUGUUUUACAUAAGUACGGUGAACAUUGCUGCGAAGCUGUAUUCUUGUGGGGAUCGCGACCCCGACUAUUUCUUCGGAUUACCAGCGCAGCUCACAUCUUACCACGAAAGAGAGUUGGAACUUUAUUUUUGUAUCCGCGACCAUUGCCGAAUCAUCCAACAUGGCAACGUUGCGCGGAGGACCUCGCAGUCGCACCUGACUUUACGGCCAUACUAUCUCGGCAAGAUCCCCCGACUAUAG